AUGGGUACUAUCGGGUCGGGUGAAUUCAAUAAUAGACCAGUAUGUUCCGUGUCCAAAAUAUGGAAGAAGGAGGUGUUUCCACGACUCUACCACCCUUCUGUUCCACUUAAUCCCUAUUUCAUGGCCACAUAUCUUGAUAUGGAUAGUCUGAUGGCUAGGGACGAAAUGGAUUGGUUCCUCAGAGCUGGUUCGGGAGACCUGGAAAGAUCUUGUUUUGGUACUCCCGAUGGGAAUGGAAAGAGAGAAGAUGGUGCUUCUUACCCGCUUGGAUAUCCAGAUAUGGGCUAA